AUGAAGACAGACAAUUUGCUAGUUUGGUGAAUGACGAUAACUACUGUUAGCCGUCCAGUUUGCUGGCUAACGGGCACCCUGUCACAUUGACAAGUUUCGUUCAGAAUGGACUGUACGGCGCUGGAACACGAUGCUGUCAAAUUUGCCAAAAUAGCUGUAACCUAUGACCAAAAUGCCAAAUAUAAUGAGGCGGUGUUUUAUUAUAAGGAGGCAGCCCAGGCUCUCAUAUAUGCUGGCAUGGCAGGAUCCAAACUGGACGAACUCCAGGACAAGGUGAAUGAGUACUUGGAUCGGGUCCAGGCCCUUCACAAUGCAGUCAAGUCGCAGAAAUGUGACCCACUGAAGUCCCGGGAGCAGGUAGAUCUAGAGCGUGCGCACUUCCUGGUUACCCAGGCCUUUGAGGAAGAUGAGAAGGGGAACGACGAUGAAGCCAUUGAACUGUACACUCAGGCCGUGGAGCUGUGCAUUAAAACAUCAAAUGAGACAUCAGACCAAGCACUUCAGACCAAGUUGAAGCAGCUGGCUCGACAAGCUUUGGAAAGAGCGGAGGGUCUCAAAGAAUCCCAGUCCAAAUUAACUUCUUCCCAGACUCAGGACAGGGUGGGACCUUCUGGUGCAAAGUCGAGUGGUGGUGCCAGUGCAGGAGGACCUGCUCGACAGUUUUUCCCCCUCGGGCCAGACUUUACCCUCCAUGACCGACAACAACCCCAACCAGUCCGGCCAGUCCAGUCCAGUGAGCCCCAGGGCCAGCGCUACACAGCAGAGGAGAUCGAAGUGCUCAGGAGUACAUCUACAAUCAACACCAUUGCCUAUGUGCCCUUCAUGAAUGUUGACCUGAAGGAGCGGUUUGCCUUCCCUGUACCUUUCUCGGACAAAACGGGGAAACUUGCUUUAUCACCCAAACAGAAAGCCAUCUUCUCUCGCUGGGUUCGUCCAGAUGAGAUUAGCAAUAAUCCCACCAUGAUCAUGUCUGUGUCCAGCUUCAGCAUCAAACAGACGGUAGUCUCUGACUGUUCGUUUGUGGCAUCACUGGCAAUAAGUGCUGCUUAUGAGAGGCGCUACAACAAAAAACUCAUCACCAGCAUAAUCUACCCUCAGAACAGACGAGGGGAACCAGAGUACAACCCAUGUGGCAAGUACAUGGUUAAACUUCACAUCAAUGGAGUUCCCAGAAAGGUGAUUAUAGAUGACUACCUCCCAGUGGAUCGUAACGGAGAGCUGCUGUGCUCCUAUUCCAGCAACAGAAAUGAGCUCUGGGUGUCUCUGAUAGAGAAGGCUUACAUGAAAGUGAUGGGCGGCUAUGAUUUUCCCGGCUCCAACUCUAAUAUUGAUCUGCACGCUCUCACCGGCUGGAUCCCCGAGCGCAUUGCUAUGCACUCUGACAAUCAGUCCUUUAACAAGGAAGACACGUUCCGCAUGCUCUUUCAGAGAUUUCACAAGGGCGACGUUCUCAUCACCACAGCAACAGGGGUGAUGACCGAGGAAGAAGGAGAGAGAUGGGGUUUAGUGCCAACACACGCCUAUGCAGUUCUUGACAUCAGGGAAUACAAGGGAAUGCGUUUUCUGCAGCUGAAGAAUCCGUGGAGCCAUCUGCGGUGGAAGGGACGCUACAGCGAGCGCGACGAGAAAAGCUGGACUCCUGAGCUCCUCAAAUACCUCAACUUUGACCCCAAGACAGCACAGAAGUUUGAUAACGGCGUUUUCUGGAUUUCUUGGGAGGAUCUUUGUCAAUACUAUGAUGUCAUCUACUUAAGCUGGAGCCCUGGAUUGUUUAAGGAUUCCUCCUGUAUUCAUAGUAGCUGGGAUGGAAAGCUGGGACCAGUGAAGGACGUCUACAGUCUUGCAAACAAUCCUCAGUACAAGCUGGAGGUUCAGUGUCCAGCAGGGGGCGCUGCUGUAUGGGUGCUGCUCACCAGACACAUCACUGACAAGGAUGAUUUUGCUCAAAACAGGGAGUUUAUCACGCUGGUUGUUUACAAGACUGAUGGCAAGAAGGUUUAUUACCCAGCGGAGCCCCCACCUUACAUCGAUGGGAUCCGCAUCAACAGCCCCCACUACCUGACAAAGAUGAGGCUGACCACUGCAGGAACUCAUACCUUCACUCUGGUGGUUUCUCAGUACGAGAAGCAGAACACGAUCAACUACACGCUGCGGGUGUACACUGGAUGCAAAUUCACCUUCUCCAAGAUACCAAACCCCUUCACUCAUACAAAAAGGAUCAACGGCCAGUGGAAAGGCCUCAGUGCUGGUGGAUGUGGAAACUAUAAGGACUCCUACAAACAUAAUCCGAUCUAUCAGAUAAACCUGGAGCGGUCCGGCCCACUCCUUAUUGAGCUGCGUGGAUCCAGGCAGUACAGUGUUGGCUUUGAGAUGGUGACGGUGUCAAUGGUGGGUGAUCCAGGCCCAGCUGCCUUCCAGAAGAAGAGCAGUGGAGAUUACAGAUGUGGCUUCUGCUACAUGGAGGCGGACCACGUCCCAGCAGGCAUCUACAACGUCGUCCCCACCACCUUCCUGCCCAAACAGGAAGGACCUUUCUUCCUAGACUUCGGCAGCAUCGCACCCCUCAAGGUCUCCCAACUCCAAUGAAGAUGAAGGUUGAUAGAAAAUACUGAGCUGGGACGGACAUAAAGGUACUUAAGAGAGGAAGGCAUUAUGGGAUGUUUCAGAGACUACAGUUUGACUAAACGAAUUAGAGCUCAAUGAAAAAAGAUGGACUGCUGCUCGAGUUUUUCUGCCUUCACUUUUCUAAUUUCUACAAACUUAAUUGGACAGAUUAAGAACAUGAACUUUGACAUGGACUCC